AUGGUCGAUUUACUGGACGAGUACUUGCGCCAAAUGGGCCAGAUUUCUCACAAUUACGCGGAAGUACUUGGACGUACAGACAUUGACCUGCAAGACGUGAGUCUAAUUUUCCAGAACAUGAAUGCUGAUCUUGAUCAGCUGGCAGAGUACGUAAAAAACGCCGGAUCAGUUCCUUGCGUGAUCCAAGUUUCCAAGUACCCGAUUCCUCGCAAGGAUCAUUUUAAUUUCAUGGAUCCUGAAAUUCGUAAGCGUCCGAUGUACUCUAAUUUUAAUGAAUUGUCCGAUGAGGAAAAAGAAAUAUUUAAAGCUGAGAAUAUAAAUAUAAAUAACAAUCAGCGUGACGUAAUUAAGCGACCUGGAAAUCGCCUGUUUGGAGGUUUAGCUUCAGGUAAACGCAGCAAACUGAGCAGCUCUGAAUUAAUGAGAAAGGUCCAUAGUGUCGUGAUGACAACUUCGGGAUUUUUGGCACCGGUUUGCGAAGGUAAGUUGCCGGAGUCAUGGACUUCGGUUGAAAAUCAUAGAGAAUUUUAUGAAGAACCUGAGAUUAGUAUUAUUGAUGAGUACAAAAAUGAAAAUUUAAAAUUACCUGUAAGAGAAUCUACAAAUUUGAUUAUUAAUACAGAAAUUCCUAAGAUUAAAAUAUCUAAAGUUGAAUCACUGGCAAAUUUACCACAAGAGCGAGAAAAAUGGAGUGUAAAUUCAGUAAAUACCCCAAAUUUAUCUCCAGAAAAUCAAUUGAGUUUAAAAAAUAAGCAAAUUACUGACAAAAAUGAUGAAUUAAAAAAAUUUAAGGAGAAAAAUAAAAAACAUAGAAAAGAUAAGAAAAAAGCAAAAGAAGAUGAUAUAAUAAUUGUUUAUCCUCUUGAUACACCUGUAAGUCAGUCUUUAGAAAAAAAAUCAAUUAAAGAUAAGAAUAUAAAAAUUUCGUCAAAUCUUUAUUCUCCAAUUUUACCCUCUGGGGUAAAAUUGGAGAAAAUUGAAGAAAAGAAGAAAUGUAAAGCAGAUACAAAAAUAAAUUCAGCGAAAUCUUCUGAGGAUUUAGUUGAGAAAGUAACACUUGAAUUUCCUGAAGAAAUUGACGAUGCUGAAUCUGACUUGGUAAUACUUCCUUCGUUGGUAGUGAAGAGAAAAGUAAAGCAGAAGAAAAUUUUGAAGAACGUUAAAAAAAGAAGAAAACAGGUGGAGAAAGUACUUACGGUUGUUGCUCCUAAAUAUGGCACAGACGGCAAACGAAUUUGGAUUUGCCCUCCUUGUGGUAGGGAAGACGACGGAACUCCGAUGAUUGGUUGCGAUGAUUGCAAUGAUUGGUUCCACUGGGUCUGCAUUGGGAUGCGGGUUCCGCCGCCUGAUGAGGCCAAUUGGUACUGCAAACCGUGUCUAGCCAAAAAACGCAAGGAAGGUACUGGUGGCAGCAAGAAGAAAUCGCAAGGGGUUAUUUUAUAG